UCCGCCGUACUUGCUAGAAUGAUAACUUUUCAAAUGCUUUCACUAGAUCAAAAACAAUUACUAUGAGAGAUGAAUCUAAACAAUUUAGAGAUACCGCAAUCGGUUUAACAUUCAGUAAAGAGAUGGUUUUCAUUUGAUAUUUGGAUGUGGAGGGAUGGUUUUCAUUUUAAAUCUGCAAUUUUCAGCAUGAAGUUAAGACUUCUUGAAAAGUUUCUUCGUUGAAGUGGGUUUUACAGAUUGAAUUCGAUGCAGUCACGGAGCCACCAUUCUCGUUUCUGGGUUUCUGAAAUCGCUGCUGUCAUAUAGUGAAACUCCAUUGCUUUUCUUCUUCUUCUUCUGGGUUUUGCACAUCUGAGGUUUUGGAGCUUGAUGUGUCUACUGGUUUCUGAUGUGUCUACUGAUGUUUCUUACCUCUUUCUCAAAGGUGAUGGGCGUUUUGCAUUGAAUGAAAUAGACUGUUUCAGAUCAACCACAUUGAUAGCUCUGUUUACAAAGUUGAUUUUAAACAUUUUGGUUGAUGCUUGAGCCUCUGAAUCCACAUGUGCAGGGACUGAAGAGUUAAUCCUUUUUGGUUUCCCCGAAGCUCUCUGUAUCUACCUGGGCAAAGAACUGACAGUGCAGCCAUUGUUAUAAAGCAACCAAAGAGAUCUGAGGCAACCCUUUUCUCCUCUGUUUGGGAAGAGAAGAGUGAUAUCUGGAUCAUGGAGGAAGGUUGCAGCUGCUUUUACUCGAAGAUGGGCACAAAAUUGAGCAUUGGUUUAUUGAUUGUUUUGGCAAUCGUUCUUUUAAUGGUUCGUGUACUGUACGUUGUAUACUGGUGUGGCAAACCCUUUCCAAAAGGAGCUUCACAGUCUUUUAGUACCCUUGUUGUUCUUGGUUCUGGUGGGCACACCGCAGAGAUGUUGAGUCUCCUCUCUGUUUUGCGUAAGGACAGAUUUACACCAAGGUUUUACAUUGCUGCAGCUACUGAUAACAUGAGUCUCCAGAAAGCUCACAGUUUUGAAGAUUCUGUAGCCGAGAAGCCUGUUGUCAAGGAAGCAUCAUCACAGUUCAUGAAGAUUUACCGGAGUCGUGAAGUUGGUCAGUCUUAUGUGACUUCUGUUUGGACUACCAUUGUUGCUAUUGUUCAUGCUCUGUGGCUAAUGAUACGGAUCAGACCACAAGUGAUUCUUUGCAAUGGUCCUGGGACCUGUAUUCCUCUGUGUGUGAUUGCUUUCUUAUUCAAGGUGAUGGGAAUUAGAUGGUCAUCAAUCUUUUAUGUUGAGAGUGUAGCAAGAGUGAAAAAGCUCUCAUUAAGUGGAUUCCUGCUUUACAAGUUGAGGAUAGCUGAUCAAUUCUUUGUUCAAUGGCCACAACUGCAAAAGAAGUAUCCUCGGGCUCACUAUGUUGGGUGCCUGAUGUAAGCAGAUUGGAACUCUCCUUACACUUUGAUAUACAUUACAAUAACUUAGAAAGCUACAUAGCGUACACCUUCUCUUUAUAUACAGAAUUGAGUUACAUUUUCGUAAUAUUCUGCUUUAGUUGCUAUGAACUCAAUUUUUUUCAAAAAUAACAUUUGUAAUCAGAUAUUCUGACUUGGUUAAUGCUAUUUCAGUGAGCGUAUGAUGUGAUUUGGGCAA